AUGUCAAACUUGGAGGAAGUAGUUUUUUCUGAUAAUCAAUUUGAGGGUUCUAUUCCGCCAGAAUUCUGCAAACUUUAUUACCUUGAAUUCUUAGAUCUUUCUAGGAAUGAUUUAUCUGGGUCUAUACCACCUUGUUUCAGUGAAUUGCCAAAUCUUAGACAUGUCCUUUUGAGUAGGAACAAGUUGAGAGGCUUCAUUCCAUAUGCUUUUAUUAAUAGCACUGGUUUGGGUAUUUUGGAUCUUGGAGGUAACAAUUUCAGCGGAAAAAUACCAAAUUGGAUCAGUAAUUUCUCAAAUUUGACCAUUCUUCUUUUGCAAGCCAAUAAUUUCCAUGGCAACAUUCCCAUUGAGUUAUGCCGCUUGAAACAAUUAAACAUAUUGGAUCUUUCCUCGAAUAAUUUGUCUGGACGCUUACAUGCCUGCUUAAGUAAUUUGUCAUCGAUGCCGGUCAGUGUGCCUUAUCAAGAAUUUUUAAGGAUUCCUGAUAUCAACUCUCUUCCAAAUUUCGAAGACCCUACUUCUGAUUUUGGUCGUUUUCGUUCCUCUAUGGAAGAAGUUUUAGAGUUAACAACAAAGAGCAACUCACUUUCUUACACGGGAUACAUCCUUGAUUAUAUGUAUGGAAUCGAUCUUUCUUGUAAUAGAUUCUCCGGUGAAAUCCCCAUCGAAUUUGGAAACUUAGCCAAUGUCAAAUCAUUAAACUUAUCGCACAACAAUCUGAUAAGCUUAAUCCCAACAACGUUUUCAAACCUGAAGCAGCUAGAGAGUUUGGAUCUUUCCUACAACGAUUUAAAUGGUCAAAUUCCCCCACAAUUGAUUGAGGUAACAACUUUGGAAGUAUUUAUUGUGGCUCAUAACAACUUAUCAGGCCCAAUUCCAACGAAAAAUCAAUUUGGGACUUUUAAUGGGAGCAGUUACGAAGGAAAUCCUCUUCUUUAUGGACCCUCAUUAAGUAAGAGUUGUGAUGAGACUAAUGUUGCAUCCCCAGCUACGUAUCCCUUUAUUGAGCAAAGGGAGGAUGAUAGUUUCAUGGACAUGAUUGAUUUCUGGGUGAGCUUUUUGGUGGCCUACAUCAUGAUACUGUUGGGUAUGGCAAUAGUCCUAUACAUAAAUCCAUAUUGGCGAGCAGUAUGGUUUUACCAGAUCGAAGUAUGCAUCAACAAUUGCUACUAUUUUGUGGUGGAUAAGUUCUGA